ACUUACUACUACUUCACCCCCUACAACUACAACUACGACAAGUAGUAUUCCAGUGGUCCCCCAGCCAGUGGCUCUGUGGCGACUAGACAACACAACAUAUGGUUACAGCACAAGUGGAGUAGCACCACAGCACCCUCCGCUGUCCGAGUGUUCCAGACUGGCUGAUGGAUGUCCAGACAUCCCUCCCAGACAGUCUCUGAUGCUUGAUGGUGCUUCUUCCUCGUACUUAGACCUGAACGUGACGUUUGGGGUCCUGCAGGGUGAUUUUCAGAUCGCUGUCCUUGUUAAACCAGGAAUCCCUUCAUCAGGAACAAUACUACACUUACAGUAUGCCGGUACUCAACCUGGCAUUCGAGAUGUGAAACUGACUACCAGAUCGUCUAACGUGACCCUGUCAGUAUGUGACUCAUCUUCGUGUUGUGACUCUCUGGACGAGGAUGUGGCUCUUACAGCAGACAUGUGGCACUUUGUCAUCAUUGAGCGUGGUAUUAGUAAAAUUAGACUGAUGAUUGAUGAUUCGUAUUUUACACAAGUGUCGACGUGUGUCAGGGGAUCCACGAGCAUAACAGAUGCAGUGCGCCUUCGUGUCGGCCAAGCACUGGAUGCGCAGGACGUCCUCCGUGGCAGCAUCACCUGCAUGGCAGUGUACGACUACAUAUCCACUGGAACAGACAUGAAGUUAAACCAUAUUUCAUUCUGUCAAGAUCCCGUUCCUUCCCAGCUUUUAUUUGAUAACGAAAUGUGCUUACAGACACCCACCAUGCGGCAUAAAUAUUACUCUCUGGAGCAGGCCAAUGCUGAACCGGAUGUAGGUGUGCCGGCCAUUAUGACGUCAUCAACUACCAGUUUACGACAGUGCGGUAGUCUUUGUAUUGCAACACGAUACUGUCUCUCCUUUACCAUCACCGGUGUUUCAAGUCAGAGAGAGUGCAAGCUGUAUGAUUAUGUGACAAGAGACGACGGGCUUCGCAGCAAAACUAACACAAAGUAUUAUGUUAUCACACAUACAGACUAACACAAGUAAGGAAACACAGACUUUAAUAGCAAUCACGUUGGAGGGACAAUUAUAGAUUGUGACUACAGAAAGUAUAUCGACACGGGACAUGAAGUGACGUAUAUAGCCUGUGUCGAACUACUGUGAUAUUUGUUUGUUUUCAGGUGU